AAAUGGAUUACAUUUUUCUUCUGUGACAAGGUUAACAUUAGUUACAAGAAUGCAGCCCCCAUAUAUCGAUACUGGUACACCCUUUGGUGUGCGCGUUUUGACGCUAACCGUGCUUUACGUUGCUUUCUCCAUAUGGGUCAAAUAUGUGAUAGGACGCUCUCCAGUUGGCUUCCAGCGGCUCAUACUUUCCAUACCAGUCUUUGUCGUCAGUAUUGCGUCCCCAUGGCUGUUCAACUCCAACGAUGAACUGCUCACACGAAUUUCCUGUGCCUUCAUCUUUUCAUGGCUAUGCACCUCCAAGGUGCUGGCCUUCUGCUUGGGGAGGGCGCCGCUACGCGAGGGCAUGACCGCUCCCCAGAUCGCAGCUGUCAUGAUACUGCCCGUCUUCCCCAAGCCACCUGAGCGCGCCAAGACGGGUCCCGUGGGCCGUCUGCACGACACCGCGGGGACGGGCUGGGUGCUGGCAGGCAGAUGGAUGGGCAAAGUCGUCGUGCUCGGCCUCAUUGCCUACAUCGCCCUCACCUACGGAGACAGCCUGCCUCAAGUUCUAAGGCACUACAUGCAUAUAAUGGGGCUCUACUCCUUCGUUGGGUUCCUGAUGGACGGUCCCGCCGCCCUGGCGGUGGAGGCGCUGGAGCUGCCGCUGGUGCCCACCUUUGACGAGCCCUGGAAGAGCUGCUCGCUGGCCGACUUUUGGGGCCGCCGCUGGAACAUCACCACCUCCUCCGUGCUGCGGGUGCUGCUGUACGACUGCAUCGUGGACGGAGCGCUGAUCAACCCACGGCGAAGCAGUACGGCAGAGCCCGUCGGCCCGCCUGCCAAGACUCCUGCAACACCAGCUGCCCAGGAUGCAGCUCCGGAGGGGCAGCAGUCAGGUGGAAAGCAGCAGCAGCAGCGGCAGCAGCAGGGGGCGGGGGCAGUGGCGGGUCGUGGGACGAAGCCCAGCAUGUUUCGGAGGCAGCUGGGGCUGCAUGCGACCUUCCUGGCGAGUGGGCUCAUUCACGAGUACAUUCUGUGGACCGUCAGCGGCACCGGCAAGUGGGGCUGGAGGUGGUGUCUGUUCUUCUACAUGCAGGCGCCCCUCAUGACCGCUGAGGCCUACCUGGGGCGGCUCAUGCGGCGGGCGGGGCUGCACGCGCCGCUGCUGCUGCGGAUCGCACUCACGCAUGCAGUGAUUGAGCGGAUGUCCGGCCCGCUGUUCUUCGUGCCCGUGGAGCGAGACACCGACCUGGCUGCCCGAGUGAUCCGCGCCACCACCGCCAACUACCUGGCCCUGUUGGAGCCGCUGGGGCCGCUGCUGGGGCCGCUGGCCGCGCAGGUGGGGCAGCAGCUGGGGCCGCUGCUGACAGCGGCCAGCGCGCCGUUCAAGGCGUGAUGAUGCUGAUGCAGGUUUAGGUGCGGUGUGGUGCGAUACUGCAGGUAGGGUAGGUAGGGUUGGGUUCAUCACCCGUGUUCCCUUUUAGGGAACCAUUGUAAAGGUCAAACAUUCAGGCCGGGGCUGCCGGCCGGGAUGCUGUGUGGCAUUGCGGUCUGGGACUUGAGAGAACUGCUAGGCCGGCAAGACGGUGCAUUGUAGGUGCAAUGUAGCGGAGCUGGGUCUUUUUUCGCAUGGUCCACUUUGGUUUGUAUGGUGAUGGUGUUUAGGCCGUGGGAUAUGGGGGCUGGGGUAAAACAGGCUGCUGCGGGUGCAGAAGACUGACGGACGAAGAAAGCAAUCGACGUUUUUUCAGCCUCUGCUACCUGUAGAAGUCGCAGAAGCAUUCCGGGGUUGUGGGAAACGAAGACGCAGUGAAUUUGUAUUUUUGUUACGGUAGCACAGGGCUGGGGCGGACGAAGGCCGGCGGCGUGUUGCAACGCCGCCUGUGGAUUGUCCUCAUAGCUUGUUUAGCAAGGGCUGUACUGCAGGCAAGGACUGAAUGUGAUGGCCUACGGCUUGUGCUGCUCGUAAUACCGAAGAAUUUCAAAGAAGGGGAUGAUUACGAGGUUUACGGUGUAUGUGGAGCGUUAGGGUGCCUUUCAGGCUGUGCAGCCAUGCAUGGUAUUCUGUCAUGCGGAGUGGCAGAAAUGGUGCGCUGGACAAACGCUGCUGGUACCUGCUGGAGGGAUGUGGCGUUUAGUCAGGUGGCGGUGCCGGUACUGGAAUUGCUGCGGGCGCCAAAGCGCUGUGUUAAGGAAACUGUGUUGUGCGCGUCAUGCUGUACUAUGUGUCUCGCCAUGUGUGACACUGGGUCCGUGACAGACAUAAGAUAGCUCGGCUUGCCUUACGUGUGAUGCGUCCUCAUGCAUGGCACAGAACGUUUGAGUUUGGGUUGUACCUGUACGUGGAUUGGUCAUGGUCCAGAAGGUGUGGUCCGUAGCAGUGUCACCAAUGUAGGAGGACCCGCGUUCCGUAAACGUGGUGCUGUCCUUAGCGUCCGCAGUUGUUGCAUGGCCCAAUUAGGAGAGGAAGGGGUUGCUGCUGCCAUGCACAUGAGCACCUAGCUGUCGCGCGUGGCAUGGCAUAACGUGACAUAGCAAAAUGGCAGAGACAGUGCAGUGUGUGGUGUUGUCUUUCCGGCGUGUUGCGCUUCUCUUGCAGUGUAGGGGCGGGUUCAUCACCCGUGUUCCCUUCUAGGGAACCAUUGUAACGGCC